GAGCUUCUGAUAGUCGGACCAUCUAUCUAAAAAAUCGAUGGAAAUAGAACAUGCUCUAUUUUCAUCCGACAACAUCAGAGAAAGCCGACAAGUGAUAUUACAUUGAUUUGAAAAAGACUUGGAAAUAAGAACAAAAAUACGAAAAAUAUAUCGAUAAAUGUACUGGAUAGCACAAAAGGCUGCUCACACGACUUUAAAUAUCUGAACGAAUAUAAAUAUCAACAAAAUUAUCAGACCGUCUGAACAAACAAUCAAAAGACGGAUCCGACAAAUUAGUCCAAUAAAUCCUAAUGAAUUUGUACCUCCACGACCAAUAUGGCUGCCAUGUUUUUGUUAUCUCCACACAACGUUCACAAAUCAUUUCAAUACAAGUGAAAUCAAUAUAUAUGUGUGUGACAGUAAAGGUAAACUUAUCAAGUCUUUUUUACCAAAGGUUAAAGGUAAACCAGUUGAUGAUGAAGUGAAAAGUUUUGUCCAUUUCGUCCUGUGAAAAUAUAGCAAUUUUGACAAAUGCAUCUGACCGAUUUUACCAACUCAUCAUUUUUAAGUCGGAUAAAACUUUUGUUAAAAAGAUGAAAUUUCAUCCACAGGUUAAAGGAAUCAACACAUACACUCGAGUCAUUUACACUCCCUUUGACGACACUAUCAAAGGUUUUUAUUUUAAAGAGGACAAAUCACAGCUUGUUAUUGAAACAUUUUCCAUUGAAACCAAAAAAAUUAAAAUAAAAUGGUCUGUAAUACUGAUGAAUACAGGAUAUUGUUCAGAAUUAUUUCAUGGUUUGUUUCGUCUUGUUCAUCAUGCAAAUGGAAGGUGGCUUUGCUUUCAAGCAAAAGUAUAAUUUACAUAAUCGAAGGGAGCAGUGAGCAUGAUGCCAUGGAAGUGAACUUGGAAUGGAAAGAAACCAAUUCUUUGCAUGCAGACACUUCAACCACAGCAGUUAUGAAUUCAGAGCCAUCUGAGGUAACAGAGAUAACACAAGAAGAACCUUGAAAUAAUGAACAGGAAAACGUGCAGGAAGAGCAACGUGAAGACCUACAGCAAGAACUCUUGGAGGAGCAACAAGAAGAUAAACCACCUGAAAGAACUUCUUCCGGAAAUCACGAUGCUACAGUAGUGAGUAAUGUUCCCAAAGAUAGUGAUCUCAUGGAAAUUUCUGAAAUAAUAUAUCCUAUAUGGCUGGAGCUUGCUAGAAUGCUGGGUAUACCUGAAGAAAAUUUGCACCAUAUAUGCUCUGUAAUUAAUAAAUUGCCAAUGGAAAUGCUUUUGAAAUGCAAGAUAACAGAUGGAAAAAAUGCCACCGCGAAUAUGUUAGUUGAACAUUUAAAUGCAUUUGGCCGUCGACAAGAACCUGAAUAUGUGACGAACAACAAUGAAGUUUUUAAAGAAAAGCUCCUUAACGACGAUUACAACAUUCGAGAUGAAAUUGUCAAUAUCCUCCAACGUUUCAAGUGGAUAAACGGACCUGUUGGAACAGCUGAUCCAAACCAAGAGAUACCUUAUGAACAUUUAUUUAUCACAGUUGAUAAACGGGAAAAAAUGUCGGAAGAACAAAUAAAGGAAGAGAUCGACAAUGAGUUUGAAUGGGAAGCGUCAAGAUUCAUCGAAUUACGAAGUUCAGCAUCGAAACCAUUAAAGUUAAAAUAUUAUGGUCAUGUUCGUUUAUCAAAUACGUCUCAAGAUAUUAGUGUUAACAUUUGUUUUAAAUGUGAGCUGACAAUGUUCUGUCGUAAAGAUGAAAACUAUUUCGCCUUGACCUAUGCACAUGACAUCUGUAAAGGACAAUGGAUUCCCCUAGAAUGUAAUAUGGCAUAUCAUAAAGAUCUUCCUGAGUUUAUACGUACAGACAACUUUAAAAGUGCCCAAAAGUUCGCUAGAAGAGCCAUUGCCACUUCAAACAUUGAAUCAGAUGAUGAGUCAAUCAACGACAAGCCACGAAAACGUCCUCGUCUCAAAAGGAGUAUGGAAGAAUUUCCAGAUUACAGUGACAUAGAAAACGAUGAUGACAGUGAUGAAACCGUAAUUCAACACAGAGCCCCUCAGUUACCUCCUGCUCCACGUUACGCAUCUUUUAGUAUGAACAAUAAGCAUUUAUUGGAAUCUUCUGAAAGUAAUAUGAUAACAGCCGUCAUUGAAAUCUUAUCAACAAAUUCUAGAAAUUUGCCGGUGUACAGCGAGCUGAUCUCCUUUGAAGAAAAAGGCAUAAGCGCAAUUAUAAUCCUUGUACAAGUGGACAAAUUUUUGACAGAAACAUGCAUAUAAAGGGUAACGUUUCUUCACAAGGAAUUCCUACAACUGGCACAACAAAAGAAAGACAUUCUCAACGAAACAGUGAUGUCUUAG